ACUCUCGAGGGGAGGCCACGUACCAAAACACAAUAAUUUCUCUUGUUUCUAAACAAAUGCAAAUUUUUGACAAGAAAAAACUACUAAUUAAACGUCAAGAAUUAUAGAUGUAUCAAAACAAAACAUUUAAGAUCAAUUUAGAUAAAAGUAAAAUUUAAAUUUUCUUUCCGCUAUACCCCCUAGUUCAUAAGUGUAGUGACACUUCCUCGAAAUCGCAAACCGGCAACUCUUCAUUUCAUUCCACAGAAUUCCACUAGUUAGUUGUUCACUGUUGUUUUGUGACGUGUCUUCUUGGUCAAACGUACUAACCUAUCAAAAUGUGUGAAGAAGAAGUUGCCGCUUUAGUUGUAGACAAUGGAUCCGGUAUGUGCAAGGCCGGUUUCGCCGGGGAUGACGCGCCCCGUGCCGUAUUCCCAUCCAUCGUCGGACGCCCAAGACAUCAGGGUGUAAUGGUAGGAAUGGGACAAAAAGACUCUUACGUAGGAGAUGAAGCCCAAAGCAAAAGAGGUAUCCUCACCCUAAAAUACCCAAUUGAGCACGGAAUAGUCACAAACUGGGAUGACAUGGAGAAAAUCUGGCAUCACACAUUCUACAAUGAACUUAGAGUAGCCCCAGAAGAACAUCCUGUCCUUUUGACAGAAGCUCCACUCAACCCCAAAGCCAACAGGGAAAAGAUGACACAAAUUAUGUUUGAAACAUUCAACACCCCAGCCAUGUAUGUUGCCAUCCAGGCUGUACUUUCCUUGUAUGCUUCUGGUCGUACCACCGGUAUUGUAUUGGAUUCUGGAGAUGGUGUAUCCCACACUGUCCCAAUCUACGAAGGUUAUGCCCUUCCUCAUGCCAUCCUCCGUUUGGAUUUGGCUGGUAGAGACUUGACUGAUUACCUCAUGAAAAUCUUGACUGAACGUGGAUACUCUUUCACCACCACUGCCGAAAGAGAAAUUGUACGUGACAUCAAAGAAAAACUCUGCUAUGUAGCCCUAGACUUUGAACAAGAAAUGGCCACCGCCGCCAGCUCCAGCUCUUUGGAGAAGAGCUACGAACUUCCCGAUGGACAGGUCAUCACCAUUGGUAAUGAAAGAUUCCGUUGUCCAGAAGCUCUCUUCCAACCAUCCUUCUUGGGUAUGGAAGCUGCUGGUAUCCAUGAAACGACAUACAACUCAAUCAUGAAGUGCGAUGUAGAUAUCCGUAAGGACUUGUACGCCAACACAGUACUCUCUGGUGGUACCACCAUGUACCCAGGUAUUGCCGAUAGAAUGCAAAAAGAAAUCACUGCCUUGGCCCCAAGCACAAUGAAAAUCAAGAUUAUCGCUCCCCCAGAAAGGAAAUACUCAGUAUGGAUCGGUGGUUCCAUCUUGGCAUCACUUUCCACCUUCCAACAGAUGUGGAUCUCCAAACAGGAAUACGACGAAUCUGGUCCCUCAAUUGUCCACAGGAAGUGCUUCUAAUUUGUUUUUGCUUACAAUUAUUCUUUAUUUCUGUUUUACAUAUAUGCCCAUUUUGGGGGCAAGGACUGCCGUGUUUAUAAUAUGGGAUCGAGUGACCAUAAAAUAUGCACUCUAGGCCAAAGUAUUACUAUCUUAAUUUUUGUAAUUUAUUACAUGUGCAGAAUAAGACUAUUAUUAUAUUAUUAGGCUAAUACUAUGGGAUAAUAAAAAUUGUAAAACUUCAUUACUCUGUUCCUUAAUUUAUUUUACCUUUGUAAUAAAAUAUAAAUAAAAAUUUAAAAAAAAAUUGAAAAUUAUCCAAUUUUUCAUUUUAAUACUCCUCAAAAUUUCAGGUCUAAAACUUUUAAAAUGCAAAUUUAUAGUUAG